AUGAUAAACCUUCAUAUGACUCAGAUCUCAACAAGCAAAGCGAACUCGCCUUGUUCUUCUUCGAAUCGCGAUUUCAUAUCAUUCGCUUUCUCCAGAUCGGAGCAUCGAUUCGCCUCAACCGUCUUCAUUGAUUCGCUUCUGCAAGAUUCCAGUCUUGUCCAGUUAUCAAGAUCGAUGUCGUUGUGGUUGAUCAUUCCUGAAGCAGAAUGUAACAAUGAGGACAAUGAUGAAGAACGACAGUUGCAACUAUUGAAGGUGUUGCAGAGAAUUGAUGCAGAUAAUUUUCUAGUUGUUUUGGGUGAUACGGGCCCGUUUUCAUGGCAAGGGGUUUGA